GCCCUCUACAGACUGAGUGAAGUUUGGUUCCUGCUGCUACAGUGUGUGUUUGGGUGUGUGAGUGGACGAUUGUGCAUGUGCGGGUUAAACAGCAUUACACACUUUAAUUCAGUUCAUUUGGCAUUACAGAAGCGGGCAGAUCAGAAUCAGACUGAACACGACAGCAGCAGGAUGAUCGUUAGGACGUGUAGUGUCUGAUUUCUGACGCUGGACUGGAAGCUGCGGAAACUGCGCUUUAACGUGAUAAAAUGCGCUUUAAUGAUUCGGAGCUGGUGCUUAAGAGCUGAAAAUGCGCUUUAACGAGAAGGAGCUGGUGUUCCUGAGCCGCCAGCCGUCAGAGAGAGCGGCCGAGCUGGGCAUGAGAGGCCCGAAGAAAGGAGACGUUGUGAAGAAGCGUCUAGUGAAGCUUAUUGUUAAUUUCCUGUUUUAUUUUCGCACUGAUGAGGAUGAGCCCAUUGGAGCUCUACUGUUGGAACAGUGUCGAGUGGAGAGAGAAGAUGACCAUGCGUUCUCUAUUGUGUUUCUUGACGAAGCGGCACGGAAGUAUUUGUUUGAGUGUGACUCUGAGCAGCAGUGUGUUGAGUGGAUUGAUGCCAUCAUUAAAGCUAGUUAUGAAUUCAUGCGCAAGAAUAUCAUCUUCUAUCGCACUGAAAUCCAUCGAUUGACUGGCAAGGAUCCUCUGGAGCAGUAUGGGAUUUCAGAUGAAACGCGUUUUCAGGUCAACAGUGGUCUUCCUGCUCUGCCUCCACCCCCCACAUAAACAUAAACGCACUCGAAUACGACCGAGGUCUACGUGUUUUCACAUACAAUCGUUUGCCGUUUGGGGUUUUGUGUGUUUGUUUGGGUCAUUUUUUAUAGUCUGAAAUUAAGACUAUAAAAGUACCCUAUAAAGUUCUGUGUCUAAAGGGGGGCGUGGGACAAUAGUUAGUAUUAUUGUAAUGUAUGUCUGCUGAGUUUGAGCCAAUUGCAUUAUAAUUUUUCUUUUUUUUUCAAUGUGAAGUUCAUUGUUAAUGCGAGGAAACCUUGAACUGGGUCUGUUGCUCUUUGCAAGCAAGAAUGUAUUUCUGCACAUUUAAUGCCUUUUUAUAAAUAAUUUGUUUUCUGCAUAGAGUUUACAUGCAUAAAGCUUUAGGUUCAAUGCAAGUGAAGCUCAAUUGACAGCAUUUGUGGCAUAAUGCUGAUUACAUAAAUGUGUGUUCCAGUGAGACACUUACAAUGGAAGUCAAUGGGGUCAAUCUGUAAACAUUAAAAUACUCACUGUUUCAAAAGUAUAGACACAAGACAUAAACAAUAUGUGUGUUAACAUGAUUUUACUGUCAUAACAUCACUUACUAAUCGCAUCUGUGGAAAGUUAUAGACAAUUAUACAACUUUGUUGCCAUGACGAUGUAACUGUGUAACCCUAAAAUGACCGUAAAUACAACAAUUUAAACCUUACACCCCAAAUUAUACACAAGUGUUAACAGAAGAAUUAAUGUAAGUGCUUUUAUAAAAUUAUUAGCUUCACAUUUCUGCCUUUAAACCCUCCAGAAAUUGACCCCAUUGACUUCCAUUGUAAGUGCCUCACUGGAACACACAUUUGUGCUUUUAUUAAAGAAAAGGAGGGACGAGUCCAAAUUAAUUUGAGUUGUAAUCAGCAUUAUGCCACAAAUGCUAUCGACUGAGAUUAACUUGAAUUUAAUGCAGAAUAUUCCUUCAAGAGUUUUGACAUGGUUUCAAUAGAACAUUUCAGCAGUUUUGAUUUUGUACCUCUGAAGCUGUUGAGCUGUGGAGAUAAAGAGGUGAAUCUCACGAAAUCAUGUUCAGGACACAUUUCAUCCCAAAAAUAAAAAAGCCAGUUUUUACAAUUCAUAUAUAUAAUAUGUAUAAAAUAUAUAUAUAUAUAUAUAUAUUUUUUUUUUUUUUUUUUUUUCAACUUCGGGCACUUUCAUGACUCAGGGGUUGAUUUUUAUUAAAACUGAUUUUUCUUUUGUCAUUUGAAGGUCUAAUUAAAAGUGAAUUGGAAACUCUU